CCAAAUGGAAAACGGUUGGGAUGCUAUCACCAAAGACACUAGAAUAUUAUUCCGAGAAUAUUGUUCUAGUGUCUUUGCUAUCACCGAGCCACCACCUAGCAGUCUUCGCGCAAACAUGAAUGUGUUCAAUGCGAUAAUCGCGGCGCUCGUUUGCCUAUUUAUUGCCAAAAAUAACGUAAUGUCGCGCCUGCUGGAUGAGAAUUGUGGAAUAUCAAAGGAGGAUCCAUACGUUCCGAACAUUACGUGGUCAUAUAGCGCGGAUCAAAGUGAUGAAUUCGCGAAUCCCUGGAUGGUCAGCGUAAUGAUCUCGAGAAAAGCAGAGUGCGGCGGCUCACUUAUAACUGAUCGAUUUGUUUUGACCGCCGCGCAUUGCAUUUCCCCAAAGUAUAUGAAUGUGCGCCUGGGCGAAUACGAUACCCGACAUCCCAUGUCGGACUGCAAUGAUUUCGGCUGCACACCAAGGGCCUACAAUGUGGACGUGGAUAAGAAAAUAGUUCAUAGUAAUUUUGAAUAUGAUAUUGGUCUGCUGCGAAUGCAAAGGUGUGUGACAUUCUCAAACUAUGUCAGGCCGAUCUGCCUGAUUGUUGGCAAAACGUUUGGUCCCAUUUCACUCUUCAAUAUCACCGGAUGGGGUACAAAUAGUGAUGGAGAACAGCAACAUAGGCUACAGACUGCCACCCUUCAACAAUUUCCGCAAAGCAGGUGUGAAAGUCCUGGAAGACCUCUCGAUAUAUCCUAUAUAUGUGCCGGCAGUUUUAGCACUGAUUCGUGCAAAGGCGAUUCGGGAGGUCCUCUGAGCGCAAUUCGUAGAUUUCAGGGGCAGGAAAGGGUCUUCCAGUUCGGUGUCGCUAGCAAAGGACUUCGUUCGUGCGGAGGUUUGGGAACUUACACCAAUGUCACACACUUCACGGACUGGAUAUUGGAUGUUAUUCAAAACCAUUCAGGCUAAUUUGAUUGUGAUCAAGAUAUGUUUCUUAAGAUCAAUAUAAUAUUUUAACCUAUA